AUGGCGCCCAAUCCGAAAGAUGCAAAGGUGACCUCGGUCGAGCCAAUGCCACCAGAUGAAGCGCGCUGGAUCCGACUGAACAAGAUCACCUACACCGAUCCGAUAGGCCGAUCACGAAGCUGGGAAUCCGCCGAGCGCCAGACCCGGCCCACAACCUCGCAAACGGACGGCGUAGGCGUCGUCGCCAUCCUCCACCACCCCACCGGCCCGGCCCUGCUCCUGCAAAAACAAUUCCGUCCCCCCCUCAACACCGUCACCGUCGAAGUCCCCUCCGGGCUGAUCGAUCCCAACGAAACCCCCUCUCAAUGCGCCCUUCGCGAACUCAAAGAGGAGACCGGCUACAUCGCCACCAUCCCCGAACCCACGCCACCGGCAGACAACAACAACACCGCAGAGUCAUUCGUAAUGCACAACGACCCCGGCUUCUGCAACACGAACACCCAGAUGGUGACGGUGCAGGUCGACAUGGCGGAUCCGAGGAAUCGAGCAGAGAAUCUGAUGCCCGAGCUGGAGGAGAAUGAGUUUAUCGAGUGUUUUUCGUUGCCGUUGGAGUCGCUUUGGGAGGAUCUGAGGAGGCUAGAGCGGGAGGAGGGCGUGGCCAUUGAUGCCAGGGUGGGCACGCUGGCGAUGGGCAUGGAGAUCGCGAAGAGGUUUGGGUUGGGGAGAGAGAGCAAGGGAGAUGAGGAGGUCAGGAAUUGA